CAAGACUGGAUUCGUUGCCAGAAGACUGAUCCACAACUUGAUAGGUGUCUGGAAGGUGCAGUGCAGGAUGCAAUUAAGAAAUUGGCUGGAGGAAUCCCGUCCUUGGGAAUAGCAUCCAUUGACCCUCUGCAGCUCUCAGCUCUUGAGAUUGGUCAGGGUCAAGGACCCAUCUCCGUGAACCAGAAGUUCACCAACAUCAAGGUUCUGGGCCUGAGCAAAGCUGUACUGGAGAAGUCUAGAGCUGAUCUCGGCCACUACACGCUUUCCUUCGAUGGCGCUGUGACAAAUGACUUCGAGGCCGACUAUGAAAUGGACGGACGCAUCCUUCUGCUGCCAGUCACUGGCAGAGGUCGCUGCAAGCUGUCGUUCAGUGACACGAUGAACACGCUGAUGAACGAGAACUGGCGCGACCUGUGGGGCGAGCUGCGGCCGGCGUUCGAGCAGACGUUCGGCGCCGUCUUCCACCAGAUCACAAAGCGCAUCUUCGAGAAGGUGCCCUUCGACGACGUCUUCCUCGACUGA